AUGGCCAACGAUGAGCAAGACCACAGCUUAGGCCUAGGCCACAGCAGCCCGCCUUUGACCCCGAUCCAAACCAACAAUAGCAACGACGGUUCGCGUCCACAGACGGCCCAUCGCGUCUCACACAGAGAUGACUAUCCCGAGGGCGCUGAGACAUCAGACCUAACAGACGACACCAUUGGUGAUACUUUGCAAGCUCAAGAAGAAGAAGAAGAACAAGACCAAACCGACUCUAUCGCAGCGCCAUCUCCCCACGAUAUUGCUAUAAACAUUGACGAUACACAUGCAAAAUCCUUGAACCGGAAAAGCUCCAACAAUAAUCCCCCUACAACCCAGCAGGAGUCUUUGCUGCAUCGUCCUGGUCGUUCAGCCCCUGACAACAGCUACUUUGACCCCAUCUCUGUCGAUCUGACCCGUGCCCACGACGAUUCAUUAACCGAGGAGGACGUUAGGCGCCACUUGGGAGACGUGGAGUCUAGCUUUCUGCCCGCAUUAUCGCCUAUUCCCACCGCUCACACGAACCAACAGGGAGGCAUCGACGACACCUUUCAGUUCGACUCGCCCACGAAAAAGCCUGCUCCUCAGCCAAUCCAGCAGCGACAGCAACCGCAGCAGCUACCGGAGCAAGAAUACGAAGAUGACCACGAUGUGACGACCUCGUCUGCAAACACUUCUGGAUUCGAAAACUUUUCUUCUUCACCGACUGCUGCGGCCACUAGGAGGACCAUUUCGCGUGCUGUUAGCAUGGCAAGUCAGCGAACGCAGGACCAAAGCGCAACCUAUGACGAUACCGAGAAUCAGGACACCGAACAGGAGAGCUCACAAGUGUCUAGUGCUGGCGAUAACGACGCCUCCAUAUCGACAACACAUUCGCAAUCCGAACAGGCUGAUAUUGGAAACACUUCUGGACAAUCCUCACGAAGCCGCCGACCUAAGUACUUGCGCAGCCGUUUUGGAAGUCAGCGAUCGUCUACAUCUUCAUUCGCGACCAAUCCCGAAUCCAACGAAGGUAGUGACAUGACCGUCGGACUCGGCGCUGAUUACGCUCUCCAAUCUGGGGGCGCAGUUCCAGCCAUGGGCAUGCUGCGGAACCCAAGCAACCCGAUGUUACGGUCUAUCAGUAUAGGAAGCAUGGGCAGCGUUGGGUCAGCUUUUGGCGCCGAGGACUAUACUGAUAAUUCGCUACCGCAACUCGAGCCCUUGCCCGAAGUCGAAAGUCCCCAACGACGGCGAACACAAGAUGUGCUCUCAACACCAAGACCCUCUAAGGAAGGGUUCACCACAGCUCCCACAGAUACCGUUAUCGCACGACAUGUUAGGAACGUCCAGGUCCCGGAAUCUUUGGCUAAGGAGUACAAGUUCAAGGGCGGCCUGGAAACUCCUCAAAAACCUCCCUCGAUUGCCAUGGGCGCCUCGGUGAAUACAGCUCGGUCUGGUAGGAACCUGACCCUGAAGGAGCAGAGCAGCACAAUCGAAAGACUGUCAAAAGAGAACUUCGAUCUCAAACUCAAAGUUAUGUUCUUGAGCGAUCGCCUUGACAAGCUAUCGGAAGAGGGUAUCAAAGAAAUGAUUUCGGAAAAUGUUGACCUCAAGACUGGUCUUGCAGUGCUACAACGAGACAAUAAGGUUCUACGAAGAAGGGUCAAAGAGUUGGAAAAGCAAGUCAGGGACGAAGGGGAGCGACCAAGCACGGCCCACAGUGGUACAUCAUCGACAGAUCAAACCGCUCGAGGAGAAGAGGAAGCUCAAGAACGGGAGGAAGAGCUUAUUUUCCUUCGUGAACGGGUUGAAGAAUACGCUACCGAGAUUGAGCGGCUACGGUCGGAAAGCCUAAUCAAGGAGAAUGAGAGGCGCAAGUUUACAGACAUUGUCAGAUCGAUGGGCGAAAGAAAUAGUGAAAACAUGGACCGACAAGAAGAGGCCGAUGUGUGGAAAGAUCUUCUCGAACAAGAGACUGCCCGUAGAGAACAGGCCGACGACGAAAACAAGAGGCUUCGAGAGGAGGUGUUUAAGAUGAAGCAGGACUUGUCUGGUGGACAGGGAGGCAUGCACCACACGACAAACAUUUAUAACAUCACUAAGAAGCACCGGGAUGGCAAUAUGUCACCAGGACGCCCCAUUUCUGGUCUCUCUGGCGAUAUGGAAAGCUCAAACGGCAACUUCAGCCAGGCUACUACCCUGGUUGAUGAACUACGCCGAGAGAGCGAGCAACUCCGUCAUGAGAACGCCGAACUCAGACGUGAGGUUGGUGCGCAGACAUCUAUGCUGACGUCGAGGAACCGCGAGAAGGAGCGCCUCUACCAGGAGAUUGAGGAUCUCAAGAUGGCUCAGCGACGAGGUCGGCCAGCUCCCUCAACCAUUGACAGUCUCCUUGAGCGAUCGGCUUCGCAGGUCGGCGGUCGCGACAGGCCUCAAUCACGCGGAAGUUUCAAGACACAGACGCAGAUUGACGAGGACGUCGAGCGGGAGGAGCUUGAAAAUAGAAUGGCAGAGAUGCGCGACAAGAUCAGCGAGGUCAAGCUGCAGAAUCAAGAGUUGCAGCGCGAGCUUGAGAUUUGUAUGGAGGACUUUGAGACAGCCGUGGAUGGCAAACGACAAGCUGAAGAUGCGGCGCUGACACUCCAAGAGGAUCUCAACAACGCCAUGAACGAUCUGGUGGCCCUACAAUCUGAACGCGACGAGGCUCUCCGCGAACAAAGCGAAAUGGAGAACGAGUUCGAGUCGUUAAGGAAGGAGGCCCAAGAGGAGAUUGAUGCGUUGGAAGCAGAGGCCGAUCAACAAGCCGAAGAGAUGCAGCGGGUGCAAGCUGAUCUCCAAGACCGCUCAGAAAACUUUGACGCCUUGCAGGAAGAGAUGCGCAAGAUGAGCGAGGCCUUGAUACGACUUGAAGACGACCAGGAGAACAAGCUACGACGAAUCCAGCAGCUCGAGCAGGAAUUGGACUCAUCUAACAAGGAGCUCGAGGAUUUGGAGCAGAAGCUUAUGGAAUCCAACGAUAAGAACCAACGGCUCUCUGUCCAGCAGGAAUCCUCUCAGGGAGAGAUUGCAUUCUUACGGGAAGAGCAGGAGACGGACAAGAUACGAAUCGGAGACCUCGAGGCUGCUGUUGCUAGCGCUGAGCAGAGCAUUCACGAUGAAAAGGAACGAGUCAAGGAGUUGGAGAACCGUCUCCAGCAAGAGCGGCACCAGCGCGAGAUUGUGGCAGAUCAAGAGAAGGAAGAGGUGCAGCAGUUUGUCAACGAGCUCAACAGAGAGGCAUCGGCGGCCAAGGACGAGGCUCGUCGUCUGCGUAAGCAACUGACAUCAAGGGAGGUUGAGGCGACGGAGUGGAAGGAGAGGCUGAUGGAGCUGGAGAAUAACCUUCGUGAAGCUCUGGGUGAUCUCAACGGUACCCGAUCUUCGCUUCUCAAGUCUAUCGCUAAGCUACAACGUGAGCUUGAGAACACAAUUCGUGACCUUGACGCCAGCAAGGCAGCGCUGGUCGAGAAGGAUCGCAUCAUCAAGCAGCGCGACUCUCUACUCGAGUCGCAUGCUCUGGAGAGCCGCAAACUUUCCGAGUUGCUCGAAAAGGAGCGCAUCGCUCACCGAAACACCAAGUCGCAGUACGACACGUUUCAAAAGUCACACCAACAUCUCACCCGCACUGCGAGUAGCCAAGAUCUUCGCAUCGCUGAGCUGGAGACCAACAAGAGUCAGGACCGCAGGAGAAUCGCUGUACUUGAACAAACAGCCCGCGAUCAAUUGCAGGAGCGCAAUGAGCUGUUGCUGCAACUGUGGCACAAGCUUAGCCAUCUGUGUGGCAGAGAAUGGGUUCACGGCAACUCACUCAUUGACCGCCAGGUCCUGCCAUCGGUUGAGGUCAUUGCCAACCGAUUGCCUAGUUUCACCAAGAACCUACUGGCUGCUGUCAAGUCCAUUGAGAACAUGGUUGCAUCUUUCGAAACCCGCAUUAAGUCUGUGGAGCGAGACCUGCACCGUGAGUAUCAGACUCUGGAGAGCAAUCUCGAAGUGCGGACUAAGAAGCUGGAUCGACUGGAGACAAUGGUUAGAAACUCCAUCUCGUCUGGUGGAUCGCUAAGUCACGAUUCUCGUUACAACCGCCUGGAAGAGGCGUAUCGCCAACUCAAGGUCGAAAACGCGACUCUUCGCACAGCUAACGACGUGCGAGCGCGCGCAGCACACUCGUCGAGGGAAAGCUCUGACGCUCUCGUCCCCCACUCGCCAUCACCCUCUGUACCCCGCGGUCCAGGCGAACAACGCAGCAGCCGUUCCAAAUCACGUUCCUCCACAAUGACAAGAGCACACACGACGACCGCUCUACCAGGUUCCUCUGCUGGUGGCCUUGGUCUACGAGAUAUGACGGCACUGAACGAAGAGAACAGCAACGGUGGCGCCAACGACAAUAGAUGGCUCUUCCGCCUUCGCGAUAUGGAGUACAAGCUCAAGAUGGAGCGAGAAGGACGGAACCAGGAUCGGCACGCAGCUAGGCAGAGACUAGGCGGGUUGGAGAUGGAGAACAGGGACUUGAAGGAACGGAUGAAGAGAGCUUUGGGGGAUAUUGAUUGA